AUGACUCAAGUAGUGGUCCUCCCACGUGGGUAGUUAGGCUUACGUGGCAAUAGUUAGUUGAGACAUAUAAGUAAUGCAUGUUGUAACAGAUGUCGGGAGAUUGGAAAUAUAGAAUACACUUGUUCUUCUUACAUAUGUGGUGCUUCCUUCUGUUACAGAGAAUUACUCUGUAUCACAUACAUUGGUAGGUGUCUUCUCAACACAAAGAUCACUGGGGAUGAUGCACCUGGAGAAACUUGGCACAUGGUCUUCAGCACUGAGGGAGAGGUUCCUUACAGAGAAGGACAAUCAAUUGGGGUAAUUCCAGAUGGCAUUGACAAGAAUGGCAAGCCUCACAAGCUGAGAUUGUAUUCAAUUGCUAGCAGUGCCCUUGGUGAUUUUGGAGACUCCAAAACUGUUUCUCUUUGCGUGAAACGUCUUGUGUACACAAAUGAAAAUGGAGAACUUGUUAAGGGAGUCUGCUCGAAUUUCUUGUGCGACUUGAAGCCAGGAGCUGAAGUAAAGAUUACUGGACCUGUUGGUAAAGAAAUGCUUAUGCCAAAAGAUCCUAAUGCCACCGUCAUCAUGUUGGCAACUGGAACUGGAAUUGCCCCAUUUCGCUCAUUUCUAUGGAAAAUGUUCUUCGAGAAGCAUGAAGAUUACAAGUUCAAUGGUUUGGCAUGGCUCUUCUUGGGUGUCCCCACAAGCAGUUCACUGCUUUAUAAGGAGGAAUUUGAAAAGAUGAAGGAGAAAACACCUGACAACUUCAGGCUUGACUUUGCUGUGAGCAGAGAGCAAACAAAUGAAAAAGGAGAGAAGAUGUACAUCCAAACCCGAAUGGCUCAAUAUGCAGAAGAGCUAUGGGAAUUACUAAAGAAAGAUAACACUUAUGUCUACAUGUGUGGACUUAAAGGGAUGGAGAAGGGUAUUGAUGACAUAAUGGUGUCAUUGGCUGCUAAAGAUGGUAUCGAUUGGCUUGAGUACAAGAGGCAACUAAAGAAGGCAGAGCAAUGGAAUGUUGAAGUCUACUAAUUUCUGUUCACUUGCACAUAUAUCAAGAUCCACUGAUCAUCCAUCCCUCCUGCUUUCUGUAGAUAUAGAUUACACCCCUGUAAUUUUUCUAUGAUGAAAUUUUUUUACCUUUGCUCAGGAACAACUUUCAUUGCAACAGCCUUUGAGAAAUAAUUUUGAGGGUCAUGCAAUAUACAUGAAGCCAACUUCAUUUUGCCAAUUU